AUGCCUGAUGGUGAUUUUCCGGGUGUUUCUCCGUUAUUCUCACGGUUCCUUCUUUGCUAUCAGCCAUUAUACCAAAACGAAUCCCAUCACUUGUUUAUGGAUACUUUUCAUGACGAUAUGACUUUGAUGGUCGGUGGCUACUAUAUGAACAUGAGGACGGUCCGCCAAAUAAUGGAGACACUGAGGAUGAACCAUCUUGGCAAUCACGACGGGGAAGAGCAACUCGCGUUCAUCAUUAACAACUGGCUCAGGGAACAUGAGAUCCAUAGUGUCUUCAGCGCUGUCAAGGAGUUGGAGGGAAAGCCUGGCUUGAUACUUGUGUCUUUUGUUGGGGAUUCGAACGCCAACAAUCCAAAUCCCGAUCACACUGUCAAGCAGUGGGUACAAGACAAGGCGCAGGUAAAAGAGGAAGACAUGACAUGGAUUACCUUUAAGGACGAUGGGGUUAUCAUGCGCUACACGAGAAAGCCAGAGGUGACCCUCGUUGAAACCCAUGAACCAUGUGACGGUAUUAUAGAGGAGAUGUUGAGGUUGAUUGCCAAGCAGAGUCGCUCCCUCCCCCCCAGCGGAUGA